AUGCAUGCUAGUCAGAAAUUCCAAGGUGCUAAACCACCUCGUAUUCCAACUCGCUCUGGUGUCGUUCAACAACCAACACAAGUUGUACCGGUGAAACGAUUGGCAAAUAAUACACCGGUAUCAAAAGCAAGAGCUUCAACUAUGGUUAAAUCGCAAUCUGCAUACAACAUACCGAGAUCAUCUACUGUAGCGAUCGCUGCUGCUGCUCCUGUUGUUUCACAAAUGAAAAAAUCUAUUAGCGAACAAGAUCUUGUCAAUGUUGUUCCUCGAGCACAAAAAUCUCGAUUUGGCUUUGUUAAGAAACCUGCUGAAUUAGCUGCUGUUCGAGAAGAUCUACAACAUACAUCACCAGCAAAACCUUUUGCUUCAUCACGUAUUAGCGGUGCUUGGAAAAAAAAUGGUGAUGAUCUGGUUGAUGAACGUGAUCGACGUGAACUUAUUCUUGCUCAAAAUGAACUUCUACAAAUAGCAUUUACCAAUCAGUUAUUUAAUGAAAUCGUGCUAUCCAACCGACAAAUGCAAACAGCUCGUUUUGGUAAAUUACAUCGUGCUGCAUAUCGAAUAAUUAAUGAUAUUAAUAGUUUACAAGAAACAAGAAAAAAAUCUGUUGUAGAUAAAAUUGUUGGAAAUAUUAUUAAAACAUUAGGUGAUACACUAAAGAAAAUUGUUCGUUUAUUUAAUGAUUACGAUCAAAAACAGCAAACCCUUGAUGUUUGUCUUUCGAAUAAACUCGAUCGACUCAAUAUUCAAUCAGUAGUGAACGAUGUAUCAGAUGAAAAUAAAGAAAAUUGGAAUCAAACAUGUGAUCGUAUUAUUGAAUUGAUUGAAGCAAAUGAGCUAGCAGAAAUGAAUACGAUGGACUUACAAACAUAUUCAAAAUUAAUUACUGAACUUGAUUCAGCAAUUGAUUCUUAUAAACAUACAAUUUCAAAUCAUAAACAUGUGGUAUCCGCAAGCGAAAAAGCUAUGUUACAAGUAUGUGUUCGUCUUAUUGAUCAAUAUAACAAAAACAAGAAAUGA